AUGCUCCAACCAAAAGACAUAGAGUUUGCUCACCUGCCCAAGAGUACCUUUGUGUUGGAUGAAUUUAAGCGCAAGUACUCCAACGAGGACACACUCUCCGUGGCGCUGCCGUACCUUUGGGAGCACUUUGAUAAAGAUGGCUGGUCCCUGUGGUACUCCGAGUACAGCUUCCCUGAAGAGCUCACCCAGACCUUCAUGAGCUGCAACCUCAUCACUGGAACGCUCCAGCGACUGGACAAACUGAGGAAGAAUGCCUUUGCCAGUGUCAUUCUGUUUGGAACCAACAAUAGCAGCUCCAUUUCUGGAGUCUGGGUCUUCUGAGGCCAGGAGCGUGCCCUUCCGCUGAGUCCAGGUU